AUGGAAUAUCUACGGUCUCAAAUAUCGCUACAGAUGAAUAGGUUCCUUAUGAUACAAAAUGCCGCAGUGGAUGCCGCAGAAGAAGUACCAGAUACGCGUUCUCGUCAUCUAGUAAAUACCCGGCUAGAGGUCCUUGAAACUAAUUGGGCGAAAUCUCAAGUCGAGCAUGAAAAAAUAUGUCACACGCGUAUUGAAGGAAUUCUGGACGAGUCGUAUGUAAAACAUCGAACAUAUGAACGCUGUCAAGAGUUUUACGUUCAAGCUAGGGCGUUGUUACUUGAACAACAAGAUUCAAUAGAAGCUUCAAAUUCAGGCUCUCGAUUAUCGGAUUUAGUUACACCUGAAACUCGUCAGAGUAAUAGUCGUAGAAGUUUGCCCAAGAUUAGCCUGCCGGCAUUCGCAGGAGAUUACCACUCAUGGAGAUCAUUUCACGAUUUGUUUGUCUCAAUGAUAGUCGAUAACCAUGAUUUAACUAAUGUUGAAAGAAUGCAUUAUCUAAAAACCUGUCUUUCUGGUGACGCUGCUCGACUCGUCACGAAUCUUAAAGUAACAGACAACACCUUCUCAAUCGCUUGGAAAACAUUGACAGCUCGUUACGAAAAUAAGCGUGUGCUUAUCUCUGCGCAGUUGGAUAAAUUGUUUGCACUAAAACCUAUCAAAUCAAAGUCAGCACAGCAGCUUAAUACUAUGAUCGCUACAGUUAGAGAAUCACUUGGAGCCCUUGAAGCUCUGGAUUGCAGUACAAGCACAUGGGAUUCAUUUAUGGUGUAUUAUUUAGCACGCUUGUUGGAUGAAGACACGCGCGAAGCGUGGGAAGUAAAAUUAGGGCCGUCUACGUCGUAUCCUGCGCUAAAAGAGUUUGAGGAAUUUGUAAUAGGUCACACUAGAGCAUGGGAAAGUAUGGCCAUCACGUUGGUCAAGCCUAUUAAAGAAAGAGGUCGUUUCUCAGGGCUCUCAAGUAAGUCAGAUGUAAAGUCUCGCAGUCUGGUAGCAUCUACCUCAUUAGUGAAAGGUGAAUUAACGUGCCGCUUAUGUAUGCAUUCAGUUAAUAAAUGCACAAGUUCUCGCGAUUGCAAGAAAUGUGGUAAAAGACAUCAUACUACGAUACAUGAUGAAAACAAGAUCUCGACAAAGUCGGAAACUAAGACGACGUCAGAUUCGUCCGUAAACGUAAAGGUCCGCGAUGGACAGUUUAUAUCAGUUCGAGCACUCUUGGAUCCUGGAUCCGAACUAUCUUUCAUAACAGAGGAGUUGGUUAAUUUAUUAAAACUUCCUCGAUCACAUGCUGCAAUUCCACUCCUCGGUAUUGGCGGAACGGAUUCCGGACGUACGGGAGGUUCAGUUUUUGUUAUACUCCAUUCAAAAAUAGACAACUCGGUUGCUUAUAAGCUGCACGCAUUUGUUCUUCAUCGACUUACAUUUCAGUUACCAUCCUUUGUGGUAGCAAAUGAGGCAUGGGCUCAUUUUUUCUAUUUGGAGCUCGCGGAUCCAAAUUUUGGAAAACCCGGACCUAUUCACGUCAUUAUUGGCGCAGACUCGUACGGACAAAUUCUUAAAGCCGAAUUGUUAAAAAGUAAUUCAUCACCGCUCAUUGCACAAUCAACGUUAUUCGGUUGGGUGAUAUCUGGGCCCGUCACUUCAAAUACUGAUGAUCAUAAUGGAAGAGUCUAUCAUUGUACGAUCGAUCGCGAUCUGCAGGAUCUCUUAGCGAGAUUUUGGAAGCAAGAAGAAAUUCCUGAAUCUAACGCAAAAGGUCUAAGCAAUGAAGAAGAUAAUUGCGAAAAACACUUCCUUUCCACCUUUUCUCGAGAUCAGAGCGGUCGAUAUAUGGUCCGACUUCCGCUUAAAUCUCCUGCAACGUUGCUAGGGGAUUCUUCUUCUACCGCACUUCGGUGCCUAUCUCGACUUAAUCAAAAAUUCGAAAAACAACUCUCGUUUUGUGAAUUAUAUAAGAAUUUCUUGCAAGAAUACCUAACGUUAGGUCACAUGACUCCAGCAGUGGAACCUGAAGUCAGAGAUAAUCCCAUGGUCUACUUACCUCACCAUGGUGUACUGCGUGAUGACAGCCCGACAACCAAAUUGCGGGUAGUGUUCAAUGGAUCAAGUCCUACCAGUAGUGGUGUGUCACUCAACGAUAUCCUAUAUUCAGGAGCGAAAUUACAAUCAGAUUUGUCUGACGUAUUGCUGUGGUUUCGAUCCCAUAAGUAUGUCUUUUCAUCUGAUAUCACUAAAAUGUACCGACAAAUAUUAAUCCACCCUAGCGAUCACAAUCUCCAACGAAUUUUCUGGUACGAUUCCCAGAAUCAGUUAUGCUCAUAUUGCCUAACAACUGUGACUUAUGGAUUAAGCUGUGCACCCUUUUUAGCUCUUCGCGUUAUACAACAACUUAUUAUAGACGAAGGGCAUCGUUUUCCCAAGGCUAUACCCUCGCUAGUUAGGGGACGAUAUGUAGAUGAUAUCUUUGGAGGUGCUGAAUCUAUUGACAAAACGAAGGAAAUAAUCAUUCAGGUGACGCAGCUUUGCAACGCAGGUGGUUUUCCCUUACAGAAAUGGCAUAGCAAUUGUACUGAUUUGUUAGUUAACAUGUCCACUACUCAAAUACUGCCUCUGCGAUCGAGUUAA